ACAGACGUUCUUUACAGUGAACCAACCCCUCAGUUACCGCAACCGUGGCUCUCUGAGUUGUAGGACUUUUGGGUUGCUAAUAGGCUGAAUUGGUCUCAAAAUGCAUUUUCUACGUCCACUUGUUCGACAACGUCGCACUCUCUUCUCAAGGCAAUAUGCAAACCUUAGAGCAGAUCCUGGCAAAUACGUGACCGUUCUCAAAGAACAGUACCCAACUGACCAAAUGACCAAUAUCACUCCCACCAUAAUAUCAAAGCUUCCCCUUCGUUUGCAUACCCAACCUUCGCAUCCUCUCAGCACGCUUCGCGCACUAAUCGAGUCCCACUUCCCAACUUACGCUCAUCUUUCCUCCCUGUCGCCGCUCGUCACUCCGUAUCAGAACUUUGACCUCCUUUCCUUUCCACAAGACCACCCGGGUCGCUCGGUAACGGACAGCUACUAUGUGAACAAGGAUCUCAUGCUCCGCACUCAUACCUCUGCGCACGAGGUCGAUGUUUUCAGUAAAGGAACAGAGAAGUGGCUUCUCACUGCUGAUGUAUACAGAAGGGACGAGAUUGACGGCUCCCAUUAUCCUGUUUUCCACCAGACUGAGGGAGCGCGUAUAUUCAGUGCUGAUGCUUCGGGCAUGAAAGAAGUCGAGGAGGACAACGCGCGCCUUCUAAACCAUCUCAAACGCUCAAACAUCAUCAUCGAAGAUGUCCCACACAUAAGUGCUGCAAACCCUUGUCAGCCUGCACAUGACCCCAAACACACCGAGUUAAUUGCAAUGAACCUGAAACUGUCAUUGAACAGUCUGAUGUUGCACUUGUUUGGUGGAAGGGUAGGUGCAACUGAGGAAGGUCCGCUCCGUGUACGAUGGAUAGAGGCUACGUUCCCCUGGACAACUCCGAGCUACGAAGUCGAAGUCUUUUUCCGCGGUAAAUGGCUUGAAAUCCUGGGUUGCGGUGUCAUAAAGCAAGCCACCCUGGAUAAUUCGAAUGUCCAGAACAAACUGGGAUGGGCCUUUGGUCUUGGGCUAGAACGCAUAGCCAUGGUUCUCUUCUCAAUACCGGAUAUUCGCUUGUUCUGGUCACUAGACUCGCGUUUCCUAUCCCAGUUCAACCAAGGGGAGAUAACUACUUUCCAAUCUUAUUCUAAAUAUCCUGCAUGCGUCAAAGAUGUUAGUUUCUGGCUACCCGAGAACACCUCACUGCACGAGAACGAUUUCUGUGAUCUAGUACGAGACGUUGCCGGAGACAUUGUGGAGGAUGUGAAGAUGAUCGAUGAUUUCAUUCACCCGAAAACCAACAAAAGGAGCCUGUGCUACCGUAUCAACUACCGAUCCAUGGACAGAUCACUGGUCAAUGACGAAACUAAUGAGAUACAUUCUCAAGUCGGGUCACGCCUGCGAGAUCGGUUCGGAGUUGAGAUUCGUUGAUUAUCAGUGCUACAUUAAUGUCUAUCGUGAAAGACCAGUCGUAGAGCCUCUAGAAUAUAUAUAUAACCAAUCACCCUCUCAAGCUACUCUGUCAUCCCAAGAUUGAAGACAAAAAAGUCCGCCGAUCUACACAGGUCAUGACUGCUCUUGUACGACACCCACUUGUGCAGCCCUCAGUAGCCGGUCUUUGAUGGUGUAACCAGUCUUUUGGCACUCUAGCACGGAACCUGGCUCUUUGCCUGGAAUGGGCGCUUGGUAUAGUGCUUCGUGGCGGUUGGGAUCGAAUUUGUCACCAGUGGGAUCAAAGGGCUUGAUGUGGUAUUUGAAGAGGGUUGAGAGGAGGAGUCGUUGCGUCAUCUCGACACCUAGAUGCAGCUCGUUGAGGUAUUCCUGGGGGGACUUGGACGAUGGAGAGGAGGAGUUAGAUGAGUCAGUGGGAGGUGGUGCUGAAGAGUCUGAAGACUCGGUUGGCGUUAAAGCGGACCGGGGUAUUGAUGAAAGAGCGAGAGCAAGGACAUCCACGGUUUCAAGCAAAUCACCUGCAAAGCGGGUGAUAGCAAAGUCACGUUGCUGUUCUUUUUCUCGGGCAGCAUUACGCUGCAGGUUGAGGAAGUCUGCUUGCAGAUAUCUUAAACGAGUGUCAAGUCAACUGUCUCAGCCUCCUUUGCUUUCAGCUUUGCCAACAAGUCUGCCUCUGGUGACACGUCAACUGUUCCGUCGGCUGCCUUUCUGUCUCCAUCCUUUCCCUCCGCAUCUGUAGUUGCACUGGACUUUCCAUCAGUAUCUGACGCCUUGUCUGAGUAAUACCGCAUGCCCAUAGCUAAUGGACGCGAGCGAAGAACGAGGACAUUGGAAGACGAGCGGCCGAUUGCUCUGGACGACAAUGAAGCCGUACAUGAGCGCAAGACCUGGCGAGCGGAUACUGAGUUCAUUAAGGGCUACUUUUGAGUGAGUUUAUGAGGGUGGUCGUCGUUGGGAGUAGCCACGAACGGAUUCACGGGCUGAAUGGAAUGACGGUUUUGGUGCAGCCGU